AUGGCGCCCAGCCCCACCGCGGCAGCGGCGCUGCUGAAGGUCGCCAAGGAUGCCAGCGAGGAGGAGCUCCGGCGAGCCUACCGAGAAGCAGCCAGGCUCUGCCAUCCGGACAAAGUGCCGGAUCGCCAGGAGGACUUCCUUCAGCUUGGCGAGGCGCUGGAGGUGCUUCUGACCCGACCGCAGACGCCCGCCAGCACCCAGAGCACGCGCAGUGAAAGUGAAAGGCUGGACAAGCACUUCUUUGGUACGCACUUCGGAUCCGACCAGUUUGAUCCCCGCGCCUGGUUGGGACAAGCCUCCAAAGAGGAGUUGGCAUCUGGCCAGGCGUUCCAGUGCGUGUGGCGCUGCAAGAGUUGCCCCGAAGCCUCGUCGGUCUGCUGCCGCCUCAAGCCCAAGAAGCACAGCUGCCUUUGCGGCCACAAGGUAGAGGCGCACGACCCGGUGCGCGGCUUCGGCUGCACCACGCCGGGAUGCAAGUGCUGGCGCCUGGAGUUCUACGUGCAGCAGCUGGGUUGGGAAGCGCGGUGUGGCUGCAAGCACCACCUGCGGGACCACAACAGGACAGGGGAGCCGCCGUACCGUUGCAGCAAGAUCUUGCCCGGCAAAGACAAGAAGCCGUGCCCUUGCAGCGGCUUCCAUGUCUCCUGGGUCUGCACCUGCGGACAUCCCUGGCAAGAGCACGAGACCACCUGGCAGAAAAGCACCUCCAGCGCGGUCUUCAGCCGGGAGUGGGUGGCUGGGGGCCUGCGGCCCGAGUGCGUCGCCGAGGCCGAGGAGAAGCGGAGCCGCUGGAAGAACCAGGCGGCCGAGGCGGCCGAGCGCCACGGCCGGGACGUGGCCGCCAAGCUCGUAGCUGACAAAGCUCAGCGGAUGCAGGUGUCCAUGUGCGCAGAGGCAGGCAUGAGGGAGGCCAUCGACGAGACGCUGGACGGCCGUCGCCUGCCCCGCAGUGCGCUCAGCGCCCGGAGCGCGCCAAAGCUGGAGAGCGGCAAGCCGUCCAGGCCGCCGAGUGGCCGUUCGGGGCUUCCCUCGGCGCCGACUCCUGCUCGCCGAUCAGGUGGCUCGACCAUGGGGCGGACACAGUCGGCUCGCUGA